GAACACGGCACCGGCAGGUACCAAACGACGCCCUUGGGAGAAGACUCUGAGCGCGACAAUGGCGUCUCUGUGGCCUUUGUUGGAGGUUCUGAUCUAUCUCCUUCUUGUUGCAGCUUUUGGAUUACUCUCUGCUCUUCUCUUCCAAGCUAACAGAAGAAGACUUAACCAUGCCCACGUUGAAGCUCCCGCGGUCUUUGAAGAUCCUAAUACGUCGACGCAGGUUUCUUGUCCUUCCAUCUUUGAUCCGGCUGAGAAGUAUAUAUCUUUGAUCAUUCCUGCAUAUAAUGAAGAGCUCAGGCUUCCUGGAGCUCUUCAAGAAACAAUUGAUUAUCUUCAGGAACGCGCAGCAAAGGACAAGUCAUUCUCAUAUGAGGUGGUAAUUGUUGAUGAUGGAAGCAGAGAUGGGACAAAAAGAGUAGGUUCAGACUUUUCCAAGAAGUUCUCAGUAGACAAUGUGAGGGUUAUCCUUCUUGGAAGAAAUCAUGGAAAGGGAGAAGCUAUCAGAAAAGGGAUGUUGCAUUCACGUGGUGAAUUACUUUUAAUGCUGGAUGCUGAUGGAGCAACCAAAGUGAACGACCUAGAAAAACUUGAAAAUCAGAUCCAUGCAUUUGCCAAAAAGGAGUCUAAUGGUUCUAGUUUUAGAAUUUCUGAUAUUCCUGUUGCUGCUUUUGGUUCUCGUGCUCAUCUGGAGGAAAAGGCUCUGGCUACAAGGAAGUUGUAUCGUAAUUUCUUGAUGAAGGGUUUUCAUCUUGUGGUUCUCUUAACUGCCGGUCCGGGAAUUCGUGAUACCCAGUGUGGUUUCAAGAUGUUUACCAGAUCUGCAGCAAGAAAGCUUUUCACAAAUAUUCGUUUGAAAAGAUGGUGCUUCGAUGUCGAGAUUGUUUAUCUUUGCAAACGGUUUCGUAUUCCUAUGGUUGAAAUAUCCGUGAACUGGUCCGAAAUCCCUGGAUCAAAGGUAAAUCCGUUGAGCAUUCCCAACAUGCUUUGGGAGCUGGCUCUCAUGUCUAUGGGAUAUAGGACUGGUAUGUGGAGAGUUGAUACAUAACCUUUUUUGGCUGUCCCAUAAUGACAGCAACCUUGGAGAAGAAUGAGUUGAUUUAGGUACAAAUACAUGCUCAAAAUGUUAGUUUUACAAGGAGUGAUAUCUUGAUCUUUAUCAGCAUGCUUAGGUAAUCCACAGCCUGACCAUUUUAUUUGUGUAAAACUAUUGAGAUGUUUAAAGCUUUAUUCUUCUUACCUUCACACCAGUUUAUGAAUUUUGAUGUAAAAGUCCUAAAGAAUUAUAAGCCAAGUUUAAGGGUUAAAAAAAAAUUAUAUUGUCGACAAUCUAGAUAAA